AUGUCAGUGACUAUAAUUUUUCAGUUAAAAUAGGUAACUGUAACCGAAUAGAAAUUUUGAUAUUUUAUUUGCCAAUGCAGAUAAAAGAAAAUAUUUAAAAAAUUGUGUAUUUUACGAUAUGGACAGUCAAGUAUGUGGAGACGGUAGAUUAUUAGAUUUAAUUGAUGAGAUUUGGCAUAAAGAACGUUUGCCUAUAGAUGAUAUUUCAGUACCAAUAGCAGAAUUACCUGAUCCUGAAAGUGAUAAUGGUGAUUCUCAUAUGACAUUGAAAGAAUUAGAACAAAAGUGGAAUAAUCUAGCUUUAGGAACUCUCAGUGAAAACCAUUUACAUUCUCCAACACCUUCUCAUAGUUAAAUAAGUAAUGAUUUAAAAAUGGAAUUUCCAAAUAUUGGAGCAAGAUGUUCAAUCAAAGAUUGCAAACAAUUAAAUUUUUUACCAUUUCAAUGCAAUCAUUGUCAUGAUUUAUUUUGCAAAGAACAUUUUCAUAUAUCUUCUCAUAAAUGUUUAAGUUUUAAAGAUAAGAUAACAUAUACUAAAAUAAAGGCAUCAAAUUAUACAUGUUCAGAAGAAUUUUGCAAGGAAAUGUCACCUAUCGAAAUGCAAUGUAUUAAAUGUAAAAAACAUUUCUGUCUACAACACAGAUAUCAUGGUUGUUUAGAAUAUACAAAUGAAGAAAAAACAACAAAGUUAAAAAAGUGGCAAAUACCAAAAAAACAAUUUGCAGAAGCAAAAGCUAUAGUGGAUGAAGAAAUUUCAAAUACUUUGAAGAAAUCUAAAAAUACUGCAAUGGCUAAUAAAGUAAGGCUUAUGCGUUUAAAGGGUUCUGCUGUUGGUAUGAAAAAUAUACCAAUGAAUGAAAGAUGUUAUUUUCUUGUAUAUCUCCCAACUACAAUAUCUAAUAAACAUAUAGGACCAUCAAAAAGUAUUUAUGUGAAUACAAAUUGGACAAUUGGGAAGGCAAUAGAUUCAAUAGCUGAUAUAUUAAAAAUAUCUAAUAAUAAUAAUUUAGCAAAAACAUGUAAACUACAAUUAUUUCAUUAUACAACUGGUGCAUUAAUAUGUAAUGAAAUGAAUAUGCUAUUAACGAAAUUGUUUGAAAAUUCUGAACUUGUUGAUGGACAAAGUAUAAUUUUAGAAUAUUCAAAUAGUACUUUUGUAGAUUAUACUUUAUAUAAAUAAAUAUUUACAAAAAA